UGACCGCGGAGACUUCCAGUCCGUUCCGUUUAGCGUUCCUGAAUGAGGGCAGGGGUGGACAGCGUCCGGACCAGGUGACAGGCUGAGAUGGAGGAUCUGACCAGGCUUCGUGAGCCCACCUUCACCAGGACCGAGUGACCAGGCGCUGGGAGAUGAUGGCAGCCUCCAGUAACUCCAGUCUCUCCGGUUCCUCGGUUUCCUCCGAUCUGGAGGACUACCAGCCCCCGAUAUGGAAAUCCUACUUGUAUCAGCUACAGCAGGAGGCACCGAAACCGAAGAGAAUAACGUGUCCACAAGAGAUCAAAAGCCGGCCGAAGUAUUACGGCCGAGAGUUCCAUGGGUUGAUCUCCAGAGAGCAGGCGGAUGAGCUGCUGGAUGGAGCGGAGGGAGCGUACCUGAUCAGAGAGAGCCAACGGCAGCCUGGCACCUUCACACUCGCUCUGAGGUUCGGAUGCCAGACGUUGAACUACAGGCUCUUUUACGACGGGAAGCACUUCGUGUGUGAGAAGCGCUUCGAGUCGGUGCACGACCUGGUGACCGACGCCCUCAUCACCCUGUACGUGGAGGGCAAAGCCGCCGAGUACAUCGCCAAGAUGACCGCCAACCCCAUCUACCAGCACCUGGGGUACACGGCCUUACUGAGGGACAAGAUGAGCCAGAGACUGAGCCGGGCGCGCUCCGAAACCAGACGGGUCGCCUUCCAGCGGGAGGACAAGAUUUCCACCUCGCCGCUGGGAAGACGGGAGACGCAGAAGGACGGCCGGGAGAAGCAGUGCAGCUACGAGAAGGUCCACAACUUUAAGGUCCACACCUUCAGAGGGCCACACUGGUGUGAAUACUGCGCCAACUUCAUGUGGGGUCUCAUCGCCCAGGGCGUUCGCUGCUCAGACUGUGGCCUGAACGUCCAUAAACAGUGUUCCAAACUGGUGCCCAGCGACUGCCAGCCGGACCUGCGGCGCAUCAAGAAGGUCUUCAGCUGCGACCUCACCACGCUGGUUAAAGCUCACAACACGCAGCGGCCCAUGGUGGUGGACAUGUGCAUCCGGGAGAUCGAGCACAGAGGUCUGAGUUCUGAGGGACUCUACAGAGUGUCCGGUUUCACCGAACACAUAGAGGACGUGAGACUGGCCUUCGACAGAGAGGGUGAGAAGGCCGACAUCAGCGCCGGUGCGUAUUCAGACAUCAAUACCAUCACAGGAGCUCUGAAGCUGUACCUGAGGGACCUGCCCAUCCCCAUCAUCACCUACGACGUCUACUCCAGAUUCAUCCAGGCCGCCAAACAAACUGACCCCGACACCAGACUGGAAGCGAUCCACGACGGCCUGCUCCAGCUUCCUCCGGCCCACUACGAGACUCUGCGCUACCUGAUGACCCACCUGAAGAGAGUCACCAUGUAUGAAAAAGAAAACCUGAUGAACUCGGAGAACCUGGGCAUCAUCUUCGGACCGACGCUCAUGCAGCCGCCGGAUCAGAACACGUUGGCCACCCUCAACGACAUGAGGUACCAGAAGGUCAUCGUCCAGCACCUGAUCGAGCACGAGGACAUCCUGUUCUAAACCCACAGACUUUACACACGUGGGAGAUGUUUUGGAACAUGAAGAAGCUGGAAAUUCUGUUGGCGGACUUGUGAAAACCGAGUGGAUGAACUGGUUAGACUGGUGAAUGGAAGCAAAAUCAACUUCUACUGUAGAACCUGCCUCUGAGACCUGAUCCACGCUCCUGAUACCUGAUCCACGCU